AUGCACGUCCCAACGUCCCACGCACCCCCAUCCACACCCCGUGCGGAGACGCCCCACACACCAGACAACCUACCCAGCAAGCAGCCACCGAUGUCACCAGUCCCCCACGCCAACCGCCCACCGUCUAACCCCAAUCCUCAACUCCAAGACCCCUACCCGUUGCCGCUGAUCCUCCCCCACCUCUUCGCAACUCUCUCUACAACACCACGCCCUCCCACUCCCCCCACACCCCCUCCUCCCGCAACUACCCUAACCACCCUUCCCCAAGAAACACCGCUCCAUCCCACCCACUGUGCCCCCGCGCCUCCCCCCCUCUUCACCGCCUGCCCUCCUGUGCCCUACCCUUUCCCACCUUCUCCCUGA